GUCACACACCAACAAGCAACUCGCUCCAGACUGGCGUAACCGUGCACGGAAAACAGAGCCAGUUCUCCUAGUCGGUCCGGUGUCAGUGUUCCGUGCCUGUACGCAGCUCGUCAAAACAAUGCAAGCUAUUUGCCACUAAAAAUGGCCGUCUAGGGUUGUGGUUUCCGACCCCCAGAACGUAAGUGCUACGUGCACCUGCCGGAAGGAUAUUAAUCGUUUGUGUGUUGUGCGACAGUGCUCAAGUGUCGGCCACAGCUUUUCGGGAGUUUUCCUAAAGUUUUCCUGCUGGGAAGUCAGCAAUAACAAGCUAAUGGUGGAGUUUUGCCCAGUUUUGACGUACAUGGUCCAUAAGCGCUAUUCCGCAUUGGAGUUCUAGAAACGGUGUUGUGUCGCGAAUUGAAUAGUAAUAUAGAAGUGAAAUAUACGCUGGGACUGCGGUAGAACUGCUCAACUUCUGCAGCCAGUGAUGGUGAACGCUUUACCGGUGGUUACGUGAAUCCCCAAGUGCAAGACUAACGCAGUUACAGGGCUAGAUGUCAACCACAAUGCCGCAAAGCAGAUGGAAGUGGACUACCGUGUUGGAAGGAUAAAAACCCGCCCCACGUACACUGAACGUUUGGCCGCCGCCACCGCUAACGAGACCGAUGUGUCACGGUGUGUGUAUGCUUGCGGUGGGUACAUGCAACCAUCAGUUCACUGUCGGAGGACAGCCUUCCACACGGAGUCAUUGAUUGAGCCCUCGCAAUCCUUCGCACUCCCACACCCACGUAUCCCAACUCUGCUGACGGUGGUCCGGUUUCUAAGACACAACGACCAACACCACUAGUAGCUUCAGAGACACAUCAGACAGAAGCAAAGCCAGUCCUCCUGCCACCGAUUGAAGCCGAUAGGAAGCAGAAGCAUCACCACCAGCAGCACCAGCAGCACCAGCAAUGUCCUCCCGUACGAAGCGCAUCAAGAAAACGUCCUGGGGUGCAAGGGAGCGGGCGGGCAUGAGCUUCCUGAUUGUCGUGGCGUUCUUCGCCGUCUUCGGGCUCAUCAUUCUGACGGAGGUUCUGAUGAUAGACGAUCGGGGCCGGGCGGGUAGCAUAAUCGUACGGCACGGCAGCAAUGGCGGCCGGUUCGGUGAAUCUGUUCCGGACUAUGACGAUGUGAAGGACGACUAUCUGGACGAUACGGGAAUCUUCGUGCGGGAGACCAAAUAUGGCGGCACAGCAGUGAAGAACAUUUUGAAGAAUCAAAAAGAUCUGAAAAACUCUAUUGGCAUAUCCGUGCUAACAGAUUCGGCCGAGCCGCGCAACCCUCCGAUUGUGCCUUGGGGCCAGAUGUUGCCGUCAAAGAUCGAACAAACGUUGCCCCGCUUUCCGGUCGACAUGAAGCCGACGGACGGCUCGUGGGAGAUAGUGAACGGUACCAGGUACAAGUUUUUCGUGUUUUCCGCAUUCUACGAUCGGCGCGACGGUAAGCUGGUGCGUGUUAUCGGGGCCACCAAAACGCGUGGCCCGGAAAAAGUGUGGUGCCGGUUCUGGUACCAAACGGGGGUGAACAGUACGAAAUAUCGAUCGGCAUCGGUGAUGGCUCGGGUGAAGAUCAUCCGUGAGAACUGGAACCUUAAGUACAGCGCCUGUUUUAUCCUGUGCCCCAUACGGGGCCCGUACCCGGAGAUUCCGCACGCCGUUAGUGUGGUUAGCAAGAUAAGAGCGGCACCGGGUAAUGUACUUAUGCUGCGAAACACUGACAACGAUCCCGAUUUCACGAAUCGAACGUUCAGCAACAUACCCAACAGCAUUGGAGUGUGUGUGAAGCCGUUACACUUUAACUACGAUCAGGCGCUCUAUUUGCUAGAGUUUCUCGAACUCAACAACUUGCUAGGCGUAAGUCACUUCACCUUUUACAACCAUACGAUCGGACCGAAAGCGUCCUGCGUGCUGCAGCACUACGUGAAUGGCGAUCUGCCUCAGCACAUCGCACCGUACGAAGACGCUAGCCCGCCAAAGGCUCGCAACGGCUCGUCGCUCGAUACGACCGAUGGGCCGUAUCAUAUGCCUACCAAAUACAAUGAAGACAAUACUGCACAACUGAAGCCAAAAAUCACUGUAAAUAUUUUGCCCUGGAAUUUAAGAAUGCGCUCACAAAAGGAGAUACGUACCGAGGGGCUAUUUGCCUCGCUCAACGACUGCCUCUAUCGCAGUAUGUACAGAUACUCACAUGUUGCUUUGAUUGACUUGGACGAGUUUAUCAUACCGCACCACAAUGACACUUUGAUCGAUCUCAUCACAUGGUUGUCGAAGCGCAUCAACAACCGCAACACUGGAGCCUACUCGUUCCAGAACGCAUUUUUCUAUCUGCAGUUCGCCGACGACGAGAUGAUGUACACGGGAUCGCAAACGCAGACCAACCUUCGGGCGGCACUUACCACACAGCGCAAGACACGCCGAAGAUCGAAGCUGCAUCCACAGAAGCAGCGGUCCAAGUACAUCUGCAAACCGGAAGCCGUCAUCGAGGCGGGCAAUCACUUCGUGUGGGAGUUCUGCCCCGGCCGAGGUUCGCUGAACGUACCGGCCGAUGCAGCCAUCUUGCACCAUUACCGGGUAUGCGAGUUCGGUGGAGACGAUUGUAUCAAGACACCGUCGCUAGUGGAUCGCACAGCGCAUCGCUACUCAAAGCGCUUGCUGGACCGGGUUGGAACGGUGUACAACUAUCUGAAAGAAACGUGCAGCCUGCCCGAUAUCCCGAGGGCUCCCACGAAGCCUCCACCAACGCGCAAGAAAGAGCUCAAAAUACGAGUCCCGCUGAAGCCGGAAGGUGACAAGAAAGUGACUGAAUCGAACCAAAAACCCCAGCCAGAGCCGGUCAGCGAUGCAUCACAGGGACCUGUAGCGACGGUUCCGGUGGAAGUAAUACCGAAGACACGUUGAUGACGUACUCGUGCUUGGCACGAGCGAAAUCGACAUUCAUCUGUUUGGUAAAGAUUUGCCUUGUGAGGGGUUUGGCUCUCAUGCGCUAUCUAGUGAAAACCCCCGUCAAAGGCACGAUGGUCUAUCGGCUAAUAAGUGAUGGCGAUAGUGACACAGAAUCAAUACAAUUAUUUGCUUCCUCCCGGCUUGUCCAACUUGAAGUUACAGUGCGAUCUACAGUGCGAUUGCAAAGACACAAAACAUUGAUCGUUUGUGCAGCGAAGAAGCUAGAGGAUAUUACAAUAUCAUUAAACCAGAUUCUAAUGAAUACUCUGCAACACAAAACAUUAACCGUUCUGUAAGCGUUUACUUUCCAGUUAGUUAUUUGCAGGCAGAUGUCGGUGUCGGUUAGCUAGCAUAGGUUUAGAAAUCACGUACAAUAAGCGUGCACUUGGUUGUUCUGACUCUUGGACCUAAUCCAAACUAGCUGCUUUGGAGAGAAAGAGAUUGAUAGAGAUAUCGACAGUCGAACGGCGCAACGCAGAGGUAGGAGCAAACAAUUUUCUAACUCUUCCAUUCGUCAUCAUUCGCCAAUUUCGGAUCGAUCUGAACCCGAGGAUUGUCCAGCACAAUAGCUAUUUAGAGCAGCAGCGCAAACCGUAGCGAAAGGACGCUGCAGACGCGGAGCUAUGUAGCACGUUAUAAGAGCUACUCUAGCUAAGAGCAGAUACCUAAUGGCGUUAAUCGAUAAUGCAAUGCAGCGACAGAGUCUUAGAACAUCGCAUAUCAGAUAAAGGAAGGAAUGCAACUCACGGUACUCAUUUCUUUUCGUCCUACCUACCGAGAGAACGAGCUAGAGUGGUGUACAUUCACGCACAAGACAAUUGAUGGCCAUCGAUUAAAAUAUCUUAUAGUUUCGGCAGAUGGAACGAUCGAGAUGAAAUAGUUUUCCGUAGGUUUAACGUUUCAGUAUCGUGUACGGGCGAACAAUAAUACUAUGCAGCUUUGAUAGCAGAUAGCAGACGCGUUUCCAAUUCGUUGCGUUUCGUUGCGACUCUUGCGUUGCGAGCCUACCAUAAUAGCCCCAUAUGCAAC